AUGUCUUUUUGCACCGAAUGUUUGGUUGCUCUGCGAAUCGCGAGCAUGCUCAACUCCGAAAACCGCGAUGGAAAGCAACACCCUUAUUCGGCAGAGGAUUUGGAUAGAAUCAUGACGGACAAGACGCGAAUUUUCAAGAAGGUGCGCGAAAAUUGGCAGAAAGAUCGUAAAAUGGUGUUAUGGGAUGAUCGACUAAGUAUUUGGAUGAGCACCAAGGGAACGGACCUCACCCGCGCCAGGAAGAUUUCUGUUGAAGACAUCGAAGAAGUCAGCUUAGGGACUCACAGCGAUAUAGUCUGGGAAAAGGCGAAGAAAAAGAUCGCCUUCCAAAGCGAUCAGGCCUUCACGAUCAGUUUCAAACUUGCGACUCGAAUGGCGCCGCUGUACUUGAUCGCCGAGGACAGCCAAACCGCGAGGGCUUGGGUCGAGGGACUCAGCCGCAUUCGAGAUCGAGUGUCGCGGAUGACCAGCCGCCAAAGACACACUUGGUGGCUCUGGGAAAAGUUCAAGGCUGCGGACAAGGAUGGAAACGGAACGCUGACCAAAUCUGAGGUCAAGAGCUUUUUCAACAGCAUCAACCUCAGCAUGAACCCAGCAAACUUCGAAAAACUCUUCAAAAAAUACGACGACAACAAAUCGAACAGUCUCUCUUGGGGCAACGUCAAGGAGCUCUACGAAGAGCUCUUGAUCCCGAACGAAGUCCGAAAUCUCUACUACCAGAUCGCCGGCGAAGACGAAACGCUCCAACUCUGCGAGUUCCGCGAGUUUUUGGAGAAAUACCAAUUCCACAAAAAUUUGACGGAUGAAAAACUCAAGGAAAUGGUCCGCGUUUUUGAACCGACAGCGACGGAGAGUAAUCUUGAAGAUCCAAACUUUGAAAUCGGCCUUUACGGAUUCGCCAUGUACAUUCGCUCGGCAAAAGUGAUCGACGAUUCUUCCUACGAAAAGAUGCAGGACAUGAGCCGACCGAUGACGGACUACUGGAUCGCUUCCAGCCACAACACGUACCUGUUGGACGACCAGCUGACAGGGCCGAGCAGCACAGAAGCGUACAAAAGUGCCCUGUUAAAAGGUUGCCGCUGCGUCGAACUUGACUGCUGGGACGGAGCUAAUGGAGAGCCGAUUAUUUACCACGGCUGGACCAGGACUUCCAAAAUCAGCUUCAAGGACGUGAUCACAACUGUCCGCCAAUACGCCUUCAAAAAAUCGGACUAUCCAGUCUGCCUCUCGCUCGAAAACCACUGCCACAUUCCCCAGCAGCAAAAGAUGGCCAAAUACAUGGUCGAAAUCCUCGGAGACCUUCUGCUUCGAGCUCCAGUUGACCCUGAUGAAGAUUGUCUUCCAUCUCCAGAAGCGAUGAAGGGAAAAAUCUGGAUCAAGGGAAAGAAAUUGAAGGAAGCAGCGGGAGAUUCGAAGAAGAACAAGGCGGAGAACGACGAUUUCGUCGUCGACGAUGAAGUUUCAGAAGAAGACGAAGGAGAGGGAUACGCACAGGGGAAGGAUCGAGACAGCCCAGUUGGGAAUGGAAGUAUUCCGGCAGCAGAAGAAGCUGGAAACCAAAAGAAACAGAAAAAGACCAAAAAGAUCAAGCUGCAUAAAGAUCUGUCCGACUUGGUGAUCUACACUCAAUCCCGUCAUUUAAAAGACUUCGACGAUGCGCAGCAAAACUCGGACUACCGCCACAUCAGUUCCAUCGACGACAAAGUCUGCUCUUCCUAUGCAAAGAACCAAUCAAAAAUAGACUCUUCAAAUUACAAUCCGAUCCCUGUCUGGGCUUACGGAUGCCAAAUCGUGGCGCUGAACUACCAAACUGCCUGUGAAGAAAUGCUGAUCAACCAAGCUCGCUUCAAACAAAACCAGGGCGCCGGCUAUGUCCUCAAACCCGAAUUUUUGCGAGAAGAUGCUCUCCGCAACAAUAAUUUUGACAUCAAUGAUACCUCAACUUUCCCCCGCUCCCAGCCCUUUUCAUACAAAAUCAAGAUCAUCUCAGGCUGCCAGUUGCCAAAGCCGAAGCAGUCCAACAAAGGAGAAGUGGUCGACCCUUACGUUAAAAUCCGCGUCGUUGGUCCUCCAGUCGACGAUAAUCCGAAGAACUCAAGGACGACCAAAUUCAUCGACAACAACGGCUUCAGUCCUUGUUGGAAUGAAGAAUUCACCUUGACGACUUGGUUCCCUGAACUGUCGAUGCUUGAAAUUCUGGUCUACGACAAAGACGUCGGAACAAAAGACGACAAACUGGCAAAUUCGUACCUUCCAAUGGACAGCAUCGUCCCCGGCUACCGACAAAUCCCGCUUUUCGACAAAGAAGGCGGCAGUCUCUACCCAGCCACUCUUUUCUUCCACAUUGAAAUAAGCGAGUAA